CCUACGACACUGUCUCUUUAAAUGAGGGAUUGUGCCUCGCACAUGCUCAGCUGGACGUGUGGGACUUUCUCCUGGAGAACCAGGAGCACAAAUGCCGUACUGUGGACAGAGUUAAAGAUGGAACUGGCUGAUAUAUCUUAGACUUUCCGCACAAUUUGGAUUAAACGAAAAUUCGGCAAACAAGGACUAAAUCCGCCGCCGUUAUAGUUUACAUCGCUCAGACAAGCGAAGAAAAAUGUAGUGUUAUUUACGGGAGAUUAAUUCGGUUUCUUUUAUCAAACGGAGCUGUGAACAACACCAGUUAUCCUCGCCACAUUCAUGUUCAGAUCUUUUUAGAUUUUCUGAGCUGAAAUUAGAAAAAGCUGUCGUUCACAUUUCAGUCCUCUUGUUUUGUAGCUGGAAGGCCGUUUUUUUUAGGCUUUUAGCAAUAGCACACCGCUAUGCAUACAUUUUACAUAAAAUAACUGAUUACAUUUAAGAGCUUUAAAAUGGCUGCUCGGCUCUGUUUUGAAUAGAGGUGCUUUGUGAAUUGUAACAUUUUGUGUCCAUAAAUAUAUAUGCAUAGGCAACCAAUGUGUUUGAAAUGGUCCUGAAAAGACAACGUGAUAAUUGGCAACGCUGUUUUCCCUUUUCUAAAUCUGCGACUGCUCGCUGUAGGGCGCUUUUCUGCUCUGUCUGCGGGAGGUAGCAGCUUGUCGGAUUCCGUUUGCAUUGAGUUCCAUUCUCUUUGGUCACUAAUUCAGAAGUGUAUCUGAACUGUGCUUUAUUUUUUUGAUGACACUUGGAUUUUCGUAAAGUUCAAUAAUAUGCAACAUUUUAAAGCCUUUUAAGUCACUGAAAAAUACAGAAACGACAACUAGCCUAUCACGUGCCUAAGCCAAACCAACUUCGUGUUCUACGAAUGAGCUAUUUAUAAACAUAGAUCCAACAUAUCAUUAAUGUUUCUCCGUAAAUUCUGGUAGCUUACAAAAUGGAUACAAAUAUUUUCGCGAAAAGGGGCGUCCUUUGGUUUAAAUGGAGGAGACAUUACAAUUCGCAGGAUGCCAACGGAUAUUUGCUGUUUUUCAUCGUAUUUUACCUGGUGCUUUACACCGAAGGAUCCCCUUCCAAACCAUGCGAUAAAAACUGCUUUUCCGGAAGGUGCUUCAAUGGAACUUGCAUAUGUGACAAAGGAUGGGUCGGGGAUCUGUGCCAACACUGCCAGGGAAGGUUCAAGCUGACAGAACCUUCAGGCUACCUUACAGAUGGACCAAUCAACUACAAGUACAAGACCAAGUGUACCUGGCUCAUCGAGGGCUACCCCAAUGCUGUUCUGAGGUUACGGUUUAACCAUUUUGCCACGGAGUGUAGCUGGGAUCAUAUGUACGUCUACGAUGGAGACUCCCUAUAUGCACCUUUAAUCGCUGUGUUCAGUGGUCUCAUCGUUCCAGAAGUCCGGGGCAAUGAAACUGUGCCGGAAGUUGUGACCACCUCAGGAUACGCCCUCCUGCACUUCUUCAGCGACGCUGCGUAUAACCUGACUGGGUUCAGCAUCUUCUACUCGAUAAACUCCUGCCCCAACAACUGCUCGGGCCACGGGAAGUGCAGCACGGGGAACUCGGUCUCCAGCAGGGUGUACUGCGAGUGCGAUAAGUACUGGAAGGGGGAGGCCUGCGACAUCCCGUACUGCAGGAACAACUGCGGCAGCCCCGACCACGGCUACUGCGACCUGACCGGCGAGAAGCUCUGCGUCUGCAACGACAGCUGGCAAGGUCCAGACUGCUCUCUGACUGUCCCGUCCACGGAGUCCUUCUGGGUGUUGCCCAACACGAAGCCCUUCAGCCCGUCGGUGGGGCGAGCGUCCCACAAGGCCGUGGUGCACGGGAAGCUGAUGUGGGUCAUCGGGGGCUACACCUUCAACUACAGCUCCUUCCAGAUGGUGCUGACUUAUAACCUUGAGAGCAGCAUCUGGAACGUGGUGCCGAUCAACAACGGGCCUCUGCCGCGGUACGGCCACUCCCUGGCCCUGUAUCAGGAUGAGAUCUACAUGUUCGGGGGGAAGCUGGAGGGCGGGGCGGGGAACGUGACGGACGAGCUGUGGGUGUUCAGCCUCCCCGGCCGCGCCUGGUCCCAGCGCUCGCCCACGCCGCUCGUUCACGGCCAGCUCUUCGCCGUGGAGGGACACUCCGCCCACGUCGUGGAGCUCGACGGCGGAGACGUCGUCAUGGUGAUCUUCUUCGGCUACUCCUCCAUCUACAGCUACGUCAGCAGCGUGCAGGAGUACAACCUGAGGACGAACACGUGGUCGGUUCCAGAGACAAGCGGUGCCAUCGCCCAGGGCGGUUACGGUCACAGCAGCGUGUACGACCGCACGACCCGGUCCGUGUACGUGCACGGAGGUUACAAGGCCCUGCCUGCCAACAAGUACGGCUUGGUUGACGACCUGUACCGCUACGAGGUGCGGUCACGUACGUGGACGGUUCUGCGGGAGAGCGGGCUCUCCCGGUACCUCCACUCCUCGGUGCUCAUCAGCGGGGUCCUGCUGGUCUUCGGGGGAAACACCCACAACGACACGUCCCUCAGCAACGGAGCCAAGUGCUUCUCCUCGGACUUCCUGGCCUACGACAUCGCGUGUGAUGAGUGGAAGGUGUUGCCGAGGCCAAACCUGCACCGUGAUGUGAAUCGCUUUGGUCAUUCAGCGGUCGUUAGCAACGGGUCGAUGUACGUGUUCGGAGGGUUUUCCAGCGUGCUGCUGAACGACGUGUUAGUGUAUCGGCCCCCCAGCUGUGAAGCCUUCCCGGAGGAGAGGGCGUGUCUGAACGCGGGCCCUGGGGUCCGCUGCCUGUGGAGCAGGAGCCGGUGUGUCCCCUGGGACUCCGCCCACAGUGAUGACAUCACACCUGCCACGGUUUGCCCCCCGAGGACCCCUGCAACGGAUGAGCAGUGCUUCCGCUACUCAGACUGCUCCAGCUGCACCUCCAACACCAACGGCUGCCAGUGGUGUGAGGAGAAGAAGUGCAUCUCUGUCACCAGCAACUGCACAGUGUUAAACCCGGAUCUGUUCCACCAGCACAGGACCCCACAGCCCAUUGCCCCGCCCACAUCUGUGAUGUCAGAAAGAAAGAUGUCUCUUUGGAAACACGGAAUACGAAAGAGUGGAAACGCUGUGAAUAACUACACCAGGUGUCAGGUGAGGAACGAACAGGUGUGUGCCAAGUCGCCUAACUGUAGGAGCUGUUCCCUCAACCUCAACUGCCAAUGGGAGCCUCAACAGCAGGAUUGCCACGUCCUCCCAGCUCAUCUUUGUGGAGAGGGUUGGAACCGCGUCGGGGAGGCCUGCUUGCGCAUAAACUCCAGUCGGGAGAGCUAUGACAAUGCCCAGCACUACUGUAAGAACCUGGGCGGCAACAUCGGCUCUCUCACCACCUCCAAGCAGGUUGACUUGGUCCUGGAGGAGCUGCAGAGAUACGGGCAACAGGAGAAGAAGCUUUCUCCGUGGGUGGGGCUGAGGAAGAUUAACGUGUCAUACUGGGGGUGGGAGGACUCCUCCCCCUUCACCAACACCUCCCUGCAGUGGCUGCCAGGGGAGCCUAGCGACUCAGGGUUCUGUGCAUAUCUGGACAGGGCCGAGGUGUCAGGCCUGAAGGCCAAUCCGUGCACAGCCACAACCGAUGGGCUCAUCUGUGAAAAACCUGUCGUGAGCCCCAAUCAGAAUGCCAGACCAUGCAAGACGCCCUGCUCCCUGCGCAACUCCUGCGCCAACUGCACCACACAGGCCAUGGAGUGCAUGUGGUGCAGCAGCACCAAGCGCUGCGUCGACUCCAACGCCUACGUCAUCUCCUUCCCCUACGGACAGUGCCUGGAGUGGCAGACUGGGGACUGCGUGUCUCAGAACUGCUCAGGUUUGCGUACCUGUGCGCAGUGUCUGGAGCAGCCAGACUGCGGUUGGUGUGGGGACCCCAGUAACACAGGGCGGGGUCAGUGUGUGGAGGGGUCCCACCGGGGCCCCAUGAAGAGCCCGGGGCCCAAACAGAGCCCCGAAAUGCUGCUGGAGCCGGGCUUGUGCCCCCGAGAUCGUGGAUACGACUGGUCCUACAUCACCUGCCCCGCGUGCCAGUGUAACGGUCACAGCGUCUGUGUGAACAGCAGUGUGUGCGAGCACUGCAGAAACCUGACCACCGGACAGCACUGCCAGACCUGCAUGCCUGGUUACUACGGAGACCCCACCAAUGGAGGGCGUUGCCAAGCUUGUAAAUGUAAUGGUCAUGCAAAUGUCUGCCAGGUCUUGAGUGGAAAGUGUUACUGCACAACAAAGGGCAUCAAAGGAGAUCAGUGCCAGCUAUGCGACUCGGAAAACCGUUACCUUGGAAACCCUCUCCGGGGAACGUGCUAUUUUACACAGGCCCACCAUUUUACCAUUAAGAGAAAGGAAAUAUGAACAGAGAGAGGAGGACCACAUCAUAAAUCACACCCCAUGGAAUGACUUACUUACAGGACUCAAAAGACACAUUACCAUCAGGACUGUUUGGUUUGGGACAGAUGUACAGAUGGUAGGAGGUACUGUACAAUGCUGGUAUUCCUCACCAAUUAAUGUUCGCCUCAGGUAGGUCUGCUGUGGGGUGGAGUGAGAGAGUGAAUCACUCACAGGUGUGCUGUGGGGGGUGAAGUGAGAGAGUGAAUCACUCACACGUGUGCUGUGGGGGGUGAAGUGAGAGAGUGAAUCACUCACACGUGUGCUGUGGAGUGAGAGAGUGAAUCACUCACUGGGUGUACUGAGGGGUGGGGUGAAAUUUAAAUAUUUUGACAUCAUAUCUCACUGUUGCAGUCAGCUCUUGACCUGGAUUGUAUGGAGUGUAAAAGCUGUUGGCUUUAUUCAACUGAAACACGGUCAGACUGAAUAGAGGCAUGCCUUGAAAUGGAGUGUUGAAAGGUCUAAACAGAGGGGUCAGAUUGACCUUCCGGGACCCAGGACACCACAGAGCAGAGCCAGGCAAUGCUGCAUGGUCCUCAAACCCAAACCAAGCACAGCAUGGGUCUGACUGAGGUAACCCAGGUAACCUUGGGAGAAGGGGAGAUGAGAGGGCUGAAUCAGCACAGAGAGAGAGAGCAAGAGAGAGAGAGAGAGAGAGAGAGAGAGAGAGAGAGAGAGCUUCCCUAUCAGGGAAAGUCUCCUCGCAGUGGCAGUCUCCUCUGGACGGUCAUGGAGGACUGAGUGCAAGCAGAACAUGGCGGUUGGAGUGACCUGGAAGUAGCACUGUUUCCAUCUACACCCUUACAAUGGGAAGACUGCAGGGCAAAAUAUAGAGAGGAGAAAGUAGGGAAGGACUGAAGCUCUGUCAGUCUGAAUCUCAGACAUUUACAGGCAGACCCUGUCAGCAAGAGGAGAAGUGCAUUGUGGGAGGGCACUAGGUGGCGCUCCUGCAGUGCAGUGUGACGAGCGCAAAGGACCGUGCUGGAAAUCACAGCGAUGUCCCUGAUGAGCACGGACUACGAUCGUCCCGCUCCCGAUCAAUCAGUGUAUCAGAUUUAAAACAACUCUAAACAAAAGGCUUCGUCGCGCAGCGGAUUUAGUGAAAAAUGGUCCGUGUUAGAGCCGGUAUAAUGUGAAACGGGAGGAACAAGCAGAGCAAAUAUGCUUUGUCAAGAGAAAAAAUAGCCUGCAUGACUGAAUCAGAAAAGAUGAGAUGUGUUCAGGCAUUGUUGCUCUGUGGCCAGACAGAGCUCCUCCUGGAGCACCUUGUCCUUGUCUGUUCUGAAAAAAAUAAAAUUCAGUAAAAACUGAAUAAAGGAAGCUUCUUCCACG